CGUGAAGCCGCGAGGGGAGGCGCCGUCCUCGGCGCACACAGUCGGGUCCCGGUGUCCGCUCCGCUCCGGCCCCGCUGCCGGCCCACCGAGUCCGAUGGCGGCGGCCGCGCCCAGGGAGCCGCCGCAGUGCGGCGCGGCCAGGGAGGCCCGCGCUGCCCGAGAAGCCCGGCCCUCCUGGCGCUGCUGAGGCGGUCUCCGCCCGGGGUCAAUAGGCGUGGUCUGGCCGCGAGAGAGGAGAGCCCGCCGCGGGGGUGAGCGAGGAGGCCGGGCGCGCGGGAGGAGGGAAUCGCGGUAGUCGGCGGUGGAGUCCGCGGACCGCUGCUCUGCGCGCGGUGGCUGUUGGCGAACCGGUGGACUCCCGGUCUGUGUUUUGAGAAGGGCCGCGGCAAGUGGUGCGUGUUGCAGGGCACAACGUGGGAGACUCCAUGGGAAUACCGUGGCAGGGGGAUGACCUUGCAGGCCAGACCCAGAGCUUAGAGUGCAUCCAUGUGUCCCCCUGCCUGUUGCUGCUGAGGACUGAACACAGUGACUGAUGGGAAGGGUGGUGUGACCUUUGAGGACAUUGCCGUGUACUUCUCCUGGAAGGAGUGGAAGCUUCUUGAUGAGGCUCAGAGACGGCUGUACCACCAUGUGAUGCUGGAGAACUUUACACUUAUAUCCUCACUGGGUAAGGCCCUCACCUUCUCCUUGACCUGGACAAGACUCUAUUCUGCGUCCCCCCUCUGCAUUUUCCAGGGUUGCUGCUGUGGAGCAGAGGAUGAGGCACCCUUUGCCCAGAGCACUUCUGUAGGCGUGUCACAGACCAGGACGCCCAAGGCAGCUCAGUCUUCCCGGAAGACCCACCCCUGUGAGAUGUGUGGUCCAGUCCUGAGAGACAUUUUCCACUUGUCUGCGCACCAGGGAAAAGAAAACAGCCAGAAGCUGUUGAGGUGUGGGGCCUGUGGGAAACGAUUUUAUUUCAGUGUAAAGUUUCAGCAGCAGCAGGAGCAGCACGUGGCAGCAGAACCCUCCAGAAGCCGUGUGGACAGGGCCUCUGUUGUGAAGAGCUGGGGAUUCCAUGGUUCAGGAAAGCCCCUUACCUGUGGAGAAGUUCAGAAGGACUUCCUGUCUGGCUCGGGGCAUCUGCAGCAAGAGGCCACUGAUACUGGGGAGAAGCCACACACGAUCACCCAGCGCAGGGCAACUUUACAAAGCAGAAAAAGUCAUGACACUUGGGGAGAAUGCAAGAACACCUUUAGUCCCAAACACACACAUAAUCGGGAGCAGGGUGUCCACCUUGGAAGACAGUCCUUUGUGUGUAGUGAAUGUGGGAAAACAUUCAGGUACAAAUCUUUAUUUGCCAUACACCAGAGAUACCAUACUGGAAGAACACACGAGUUUGGUCAAUGUGGAAAAUCGCUUAAGCAGACGCCAACGCUGAAGGAACAUGGAAAGACUCACAGUGCAUCCAGGCAGUACACGUGCAGCAAAUGUGGGAAAUCCUUAGGCCACAAAUCUGUCCUCAUUCAUCCCCAGGGAUGGCACAGUGGAGUGAAGAGUUACGUUUGCAGUGGAUGUGCAAAAGCUCUUAGCUGUAGCUCAGUGUUGAUUACUCAUAGGGUUGAGUCUGGAGAAGGGUUUUUUAAGUGUCAUGGCUGUGCAAAAUCUUUUCCCUCUAUGUCUGCCCUCUCCUAUCAUCAGAGAUCUCAUGCAGGGGAAAGACGGUAUGAGUGCGGUGACUGUGGAAAAUCUUUUACCAGUAGUUCUACCCUCCGUUCUCACCAGAGAAUUCACACUGGUCAUAAGCCUUAUAAAUGCAGUGCAUGUGGGAAAUCUUUUGUUCGUAAUUCUUCCCUACGUUAUCACCAGGCCGUUCAUAGUGGAGAAAGGCCUUUUGAGUGUACCGAAUGUGGCAAAUCUUUUAUGAGUAGUAAUGGCCUCCGUUAUCACCAUAGUGUUCACACCGGAGUGAAGCCUUAUAAGUGCCAUGAAUGUGGCAAAUCUUUUAUGAGUCGUUACCGCCUUCGCGGUCACCAGACCAUUCACACUGGAGAAAAGCCUUAUAAGUGCGAUGAGUGUGGGAAAUCCCUUGCUAGUAGUUAUUCCCUCCGUUCUCACCGGAGACUUCAUACUGGAGAAAGGCCUUAUGUGUGUAUUGAAUGUGGGAAAUCCUUUCUCCAUAAAAUUACCCUUAAUAAACAUAUAAAGCUUCACUCAGGUGAACGGCCUUAUAAGUGUAAUGAAUGUGGGAAAUCUUUUACUACUAGAUAUACCCUCCGUUAUCAUCAGCGAAUUCACACUGGACAGAAGCCUUAUCAGUGCAUUGAAUGUGGGAAAUCUUGUACUACUAGUUCUGACCUCCGUAGUCACCAGAGAGUUCACACUGGAGAACGGCCUUAUGAGUGCAGUGAAUGUGGGAAGUCUUUUACUCGUAAUUCUGCCUUCCGUUAUCACCAGAGACUUCACACUGGAGAAAGGCCUUAUGAGUGCUGUGAAUGUGGGAAAUCGUAUACUAGUAGUGCUGCCCUCCGUUCACACCAGAGUGUUCACACUGGACAGAAGCCUUAUGAGUGCUGUGAAUGUGGGAAAUCUUUUACCACUAGUUCUGCCCUCCGUUAUCACCAGAGAUUUCACAGUGGACAGAAGCCUUAUAAGUGCAGCGAAUGUGGCAAAUCUUUCACCACUAAUAAACAGCACCGUGUUCACCAGGUAGUUCACAGUAGAGAGAGGCCUUAUGAAUGCCCUGAAUGUAGCAAAUCCUUUUCACGAAAACAUACACUCAAUACACACAAAAAGCUUCACUCAGGUGAACGGCCUUAUAAGUGUAAUGAAUGUGGGAAAUCAUUUACUGUUAGUUCUACCCUCCGUUUGCACCAGAGACUUCAUACUGGAGAAAGGCCUUAUGAGUGCCGCGAAUGUGGGAAAUCUUUUACUGUUAGUUCUGCCCUCCGUUUGCACCAGAGUGUUCACACUGGAGAAAGGCCUUAUGAGUGCCGUGAAUGUGGGAAAUCUUUUAUCAGUCAUAAUGGUUUUAGAUACCAUUCCAGUCUUCACACUGCAGGAAGGAUUUAAAAUAGCACAGAAGGUGAUACUUCUUGCUUAGUAUAGUUUCGGCUGGAGGACAACCUCUGAGGCAGCCACCUACCUGACUGGAACGUGGUUCACCCAAAUGUCUGCAGUGGAGUGACUUCCCAUAAGUUCCAGCUAUUUUCAGAAAAAUUCAGAACCUGCAUUGUGCUUUCUGAUGUGCAUGCAGUUAUUGCACGAUGGACGUCCCUGUCAGUGUCUGUGGCAGAAGUCCUUUCACCUCUGCCACCUGGCGGUUCCCAUAGUGUGCAUAAGUCACCACCCCAACAUGGUUAAUGAUGCUGACCUGUCUGCUUUCUCGUUUGCGCAUCUAAAUUAUGGGUAAUUGGAAGUCCUCAUUCUGUUCUAAAUUAGGGCAUGGAUGUGACCCAAUGUUGGUCCACAGUGAGUGAUCUGAGUUCUGGGUGGUGACUUGCACAGGAAGACUAAAUCCCAUCGGGAUGUUGGUCUCACUCUUCUUUGAUGACUCUAGCUCCCAGGUCACCACACAGGAAUUAUGUGCCACGUGUUGCUCUGGUUGAUGCAUUAGUAAAUGCCAUCUUGUUUUAGUUACCUUUAAUUUUGUACGUUGUGUGCACUCUAGGGGGUGGUGGUUUCAAAGCAGGAUUGGUAGGGUCGCCUGGGUGUCUCAGUCAGUUAGGCGGCUGCCUUCAGCUCAGGUCAUGAUCUUUGGGUCCUGGGAUCGAGCCCCGUGUCUGGCUCCCUGCUUGGUGAGAGCCUGCUUCUCCCUCUCCGUCUAUUUGUGCUCUCUCUCUCUGUCAAAUAAAUGAAUAAAAUCUUUAAAAAAAAUAAGAAAGCAGGAUUGGGCUCUCAACAUGAGGGAACGAGUAGACUGCGCAUCCCAAACUUGGCUGUGUCUGAGAGGAUAAUUGCAAAUAAAUAACAACAUACAUAUAUAGAUAAUCCAGCUUCUGUGUUAAUUUGCAUUAUAACACAGGACCUUUGUGAUGGGCUGAAUUGUAUAUCCCAAAUCCAUAUUUUGAAGUUAUAACCCCCAGUCCCUCACAGUGUUACAAUAGUUAGACAUAGGGCGCCUGGGUGGCUCAGUUGGUUAAGCGACUGCCUUCGGCUCAGGUCAUGAUCCUGGAGUCCCGGGAUCGAGUCCCACAUCAGGCUCCCUGCUCGGCGGGGAGUCUGCUUCUCCCUCUGACCCUCUUCCCUCUCGUUCUAUCUCUCAUUCUCUCUCUCUCUCAAAUAAAUCUUAAAAAAAAAUAGUUAGACAUAGCAUCUUUAAAGAGAUCAUGAAGUUGAAAUGGGUUAUUAGGAUGGACUCUUACGCAUAUGGCUGGCACCGUCAUAGGGAGAUGAGGAUACAGUCACACAGAUGACCAUGGGAAGACAGGGAAUCCUCGUCUGCAAGCCAAGGAGAGAGGCCUCAGAAGAAACUAACCCUGCUGACACCUUAUGUUUGAUGUUGAGACUCUGGAUUUGGGGGAAAAUAAAUUUCUGUUGUCUGAUCA